AUGCUGAGGAAAUUGUGGUUUUACUAUUCACAUUUAUACUUAAUUUUUCAGUUUAGGGAUUGUGACACGAAGACUUUGUAUGCUCAGAAAGCAGAAAAAUUUGGUAAUUUGCCAUUGUUGGCUGAGGGACAUUUACGACGCAUCACUGUCUUAGCGGAUACUGCUUGUGCUGGUGCUUUCGAGAGCUUUAGGGAAAAUGCUUUACCUCUGUUCAAUUUAGCAGGUCUACAAGUGGAUAUAAUCAAACCGAUCAAUAUAUCGGAGUUUAAAACCAUUGCGAAGCAUAUUGAUUCUACGGAAUGUGAUGCUUUGUAUAUUGUUGGUGGAGAUAGUACUCUAAGCGCCGUUCUAAGUGCAUUCCAUUAUCGAGAAAAUAAUUUACCGCUAUCUAUUGGUGUUUUCCCGGGUGGUAUUGAAAAUCGGUCUCUGGUCGGUUUGGUUCCUAGUGUAUUCGGAUUCCAAAAUGAUAUUCAUUCUCAAUGUGAAAGUGCCAUGGCGCUGAUCGAAGAAAAAAUCAGACCAGUUUAUUUAUCAAGAGUGAAGCUCGUAAGUAUAUUUAAUUUUUGUAACCAAAUGGAAAACUCAGAGAGCAAAAAUGAAUCGAUUUACGGUGUCACAGGUUUACAUAUUGGGUGGUUUGACAGAGUUGAGACCAAUAAAGCUAAACUGUGGUAUUGUGGUCCAUUAAAACGAUGGAUUGCUUAUCUCACAGCUGCGAUAAGAACAUUAAAGCAGUAUCCAGAAGUUCGAAUCAAUAUGACUUGUGAGGAAUACUGUGCAGGUUGUUGUAGAUGUCGUUCACAGCCAGAAACAGUUGAAGUGGUUCAAAACCGACGUUGGUGGCAAAAUAUUAUUGGCUCAACUAAUUAUUCAAGCCUGAAUUUAAUGAAACCAAUAAUCGACUAUUCGCAAAUAAAAAAUGAAAAUUGUGGUAAAACGCGAGAAGUAGUCGUAAAUGCAGUUGACAUCGCGCUGGAAAAUGUUCAAAAUCAGAAUGCGUGCAGUCUGCGGGUUCGUACUGGCAACGUUGAGUAUAGUAGAAUUGGUUUGUUGAUGGAUGGAUGGAGGAGAUGUCAAGCAAAGCAGCUCUCCGCUUCACCUGAUAUUGAUUUUUAUCAAAAUGAUCUCUUAGUAAGAUCUGCUACUAUAACAUUUAGUGCCAUGUUACCAGAUGCUGUGAAGAAAAUGACUGUAUUUGGUAACGAGUGUCAAAUUAAUGAUUUAAAAACUCGAAUAUUUGUUGAAUCAACGAAUAACUUUGUCAAUAUGUAUCUUCCUUCUGAGGUACGGGUUUUAUAA